AUGUUUGACUCGUUACUUCAAUCGACCGGCGGAGAGACGAAUUUUGUUCAACCUUCAUCAAGUGGAAUGUUUUUGAUCGAUGAAGAUACGAAAGAGCCUCAACAAUCUACGAGUGAAAUCUUUUUGAUCGAUGAAGAUUCAAAAAAUCCACCUUCGUCUACUUCAAGUCCGCCAUCGUGGGUUUUUUGCAACGAUGAUCUGGCUGUCUGGUUUUCAUGUUUAUGGCAUUCGUGCACUUGGACAUCGAGAGCUGAGGAUUCAAUGAAACACUUCGAAAACCACAUCAGCGCACAUAUCGAGAGCACUUUACAACAUCAAUCAUCAGCACAUCUAUUUUGCGGGGUCGACACUUGCCAGAUGGGAUUUUCGAAUACGGAGGAUUUUCGCUCACAUGUAGCUUUGCAUGUGUAUCAGGCAUAUAUGGUGAAAAAUGGCUUGAAAAAGAUCUUGGAAAACCCGGACUUUUCCAAUUACGAGAGUUGUAAUUUUCCACGUCGUUUUUCCCUUUUCUAUGGAGGAGAGCCAAUAAAGUGUGAAUUCAAUCAGUGUCCUUUCGAGUUUCGUGAUAUCUCCGAAUUUGUAAAACACGUUAAUCGACAUGUGAAAGACGAGGAUUUUUCACUAGAGGAUGGAGAAAAAGUUUUCACGUGUAAAUGGCUCGACUGCGCUUUUUCUUGUUCUCGGAGACAUAUUUUAAGAGAUCACCUCCGACAUCAUUCGGGUGAAAAGAUUGUGGCUUGCCCUUUUUGUGGGCAAUUUUUUACGGCAACCACAAAACUCUUUGACCAUCUUUUCCGGAAAGUUGAAGGAGACCUGGUUUGCAGCUUUUGCCGGAAGAAAUUUGCGGAUACACGUCUUUUGCGCAAACAUUGUCAAAACCAUCGAGCCACAUGCCAAUGUCCACAUUGCAAAGUGGUUUUCAAGAGCAAUCACGAUUUAUUGAAACACAUUCAACGAAAACAUGUACCCAAAACUGAUGCGCAUCAAUGUGGUGAAUGUGGGAAAUUUUUGGCGACCAGUAACAUUUUGGCUCAACACAUGGCGACUCAUCAAGAACCAACUUUAAAGUGCGAUCAAUGCGAUAAAAUGUUUCGAUGGAAAAAACAGCUUGCUAACCAUAAAAAGGAGCAUGAAAAGGAUUCUUCAAAGGAUGAAUACGCUUGCCAUUUAUGCAAUCAACUCUAUACAACGGGUACAACUCUUACGAAGCAUCUCAAAACGAAGCACGAUCAUCCGCUGCCUAGUGGAUUCUCAAAAUUUCAAUACAAGAAGUGUACCGACGGAUUGAAACGAUUGCAAACAACUCAUUUGGUGGCCGGUCCAUUAGCACAAGCGAUGAUAGUGAAAGCAAGAUUGUUGGCCAGACCGAUACAAGGAUUGUUCAGGCGAACUCUCCUGUCAUCGUCAUUUUCAUUGAACGAGGCUUGGGCUGAAAGGCAUCAAGACCUCAACAACCUUGGAUUGGGUGGCGAUUACGAGUGGAUUGCUUCUGUGCAGAAAAAGUUUAUUGGUGGCGGAGUUGGGAGUGCUGUCGAUGUUGAUGCAGCUGCUUGUGUAGCUGAACAUAAAGAUCAAGUGAACGAUAUCCUUGAUUUGGUCUACAAACUUCGACACAGCCCAUCAGCCGCCGAUUUCUUAUCAUCAACUGAGUAUGCAAUAAUGCGAUUAUUGUUGAAGCAUGAACCUGAUCGUUUGCUUGCUCUCGCGGAUGAUCCGAUUAACUAUGGGAUUUUCCUGAACGAACAUGCAGCUUGUUUAGCGAUUGAUCAUUUUCUGAAAGCCAGCAAUAUACCAGUGGCUGCACGUCUUUCGGCGUGGAUUAUGCUGCAAGAAAUGACCGAUAAUCAGUUAUUGAAUCUACUUUGCAUUUAUUCUACAGCCAGGUGGUGUGAACUAAAUGCAGAAGAAAGAAUUAUGCCAUUGCCAUCAUUUCCAGAUGCCGAAGAAGAAAUAAAUGAGGAAGAUGUGAAAACUUUGAAAUUCCCUUGGCUGAAGAAUGAAACACACGAUGGGCAUUUUGAUAUAAACGAUGCUUCACAGCUUGCCGGAAAAACUCUUCUUUGGAUUGGCAGGGAAAGCAAACUAUUGGAUGAAUCGACACGGCGAUCGGUCAUGUUACUAGGAGCCUGCUUCAUGAAUGACUACACUAAAGCAAUCAGUCUGCUCUCGGACAAGAAUUUGCCUGCAGUUAACGCUCAAAUUGUUUCCUUCAUUGAAGCACAGAUAACAGCAGCUGGAGAAGGUGCACAGCCAACUACCCAACAACAGAAUCUUUUGGAGGCUCUCAAAACAAAUGCGGCAACUGAAGGCGCAACGAAACUAUCGGAUGUGAUACUUGAAGUCUUGAAAAAGAGCCAAGUUGAAGAGGAAAAACUACUGGCGACGAAACAAACUAAAGAGUUCGGUGACUGGGGUCUUCGACGGAAGCAACUUGUUGAUGCACAAGCUGAGCGUGCUCUUUUAAAGGUGAAACUUGAACAAAUCAACGCCGAGCUACAGAAUUUGGAUAAACGAAGGGAAAAGCUUUCAUUCUUCGAGAAUCGUUUGACAUGGGAGAAACGAGCCGAAGACAACGAUCAGAUUAAGCCUGUUGAGGGAAAGAAACGAGCUGCUAGUGGA